CUACUGAUACCAAUAUGUAUCACUGGCAAUGUUUUGGUACUAGCCGCCGUAUGGAGAAAUCCUUCCCUACGCACUCCGUCUAUCAUUUUGCUGUGCAGUCUUGCUGUUUCUGAUCUUUUUGUUGGGUUUCUUGCUCUUCCAGUUUACAUUGCCUUUGCCCUUACACCGCUUUCUCGGGACAGUUCUUACUCACCUCUGUCACAAGCAAGCCUUGUCCUCACUAUUCAACUCUGCGGUGUUUCCCUUGAAACAAUGACAGCCAUCAGCGUGGAUCGAUAUUUGGCCCUACGUCAUCACAUGCCGGAAAGAACAUUAGAACAUCAGAUGGUAUUUUGCUCCCACUAUUCUGUUCAUGAACUCCGCUAUAAAUCCAUUCUUGUAUUGUUGGCGCAAUCGGGAAAUGCGGGAAGCAGUUUUGAAGAUAGUACGAAAAAGGUUAUGUAAAACAGAUGAGGAAAACUUAGAUAACGGUGAUCAAUGAAAUUGGUUGACUUGAGACACUCACGGUCAGAUACUGCCGCCAAAAAUCCGAGAUCGAGGCAGUUGAAGAAACUACGUAACGCGUUAUGUAAAACAGAUGGAGCGGAAAACUUAUGUUUCGGUUAUUACUGAAAUUGGUUGAUACAUCGAUUUCAGCGAAGUUCAUUUGCGUUUUUGCCUUCAGGAAAGACCGGCAAGGAUAGCUACAGAUCAUACAACCAGAGGCUAAAUUUUUGCGGUGUAAUCUGCUCUACUACUUCCAUUGGAUCGCUCUUCCAUAGCGUACUCAGGGGCAGAUAAUGCUGCCAAGAAAGUAGCUAGAGGGGGGUGUUGGCUUCUUAGCAAGGGUGUCUCAAAUCAAGUUGGACCCUUCCUAAAUUUUCCUUCCACAAUUUUAUUUUUCUGCAAAUUGGGUUGACGGUUGAGAUAAAUCUAACGGUGAAGAAAUUAUUCAAGAUCGCUAUAAGAAAGACGUCAAGAACUGCUGGACUUGCUGUUUGUAAAGGUAGGAUUUACAAUUUUAUCUUGUCAGCCAAAAAAUACGAAAAGAAAAGGCCAAAUAAACAAGGAUGGAUGACUGAAGCAGCUGUCUUCGAAUGCUUCCCUGAUGUGUGGGGUUAUUUGUGUUAUGUUGAAUUGAUGUCUUUACUAAACUAAUUUAUUCUACGUUGUACCAGGUUUGCUUCCUUGUAGGUCGCUCUGGUCUUCUUUGACUUCUUUGUCACUAGUGUGGUCGAAAUGCAAGGGAGAAUUAUAGGAGUGGGAAAAGAAAAAGCUUUUCCUUUAAUUUUAUGUCCUUUCUGAUUACGGAAUCGAAGUGACGGGGAUAAAGCAAUUUAUUAUUUAGCUUUAUUUGAUCGGCGUAAUAUAUUUUGCAAGUUUGACAAAGUAGGGUGCACACCUAUUGGUGAAAUGGGGUCAAUUAGAAAAUGGGCGAUGACUUAAUUGGUACCGUUCAUCAUUAAUUCCAUUUUAAAAGAUGAUCAAGUAAAAAACUUCUCCUAAAUGAAAAGCCCUAUUAGAAAUAAGUUAAAGAAUUAAGUACUGGUAAGGUGAUUGUAAUUUUAAUAAGAAGCCAGGUGAAAGAGUAUAAAAAAUAAUAUGCAGUUUCUUUUUUAAGAGAAACAGGGGACAGAAUUGAAAAAUUUGAGAUGGCAAACUCUACUGUUGAUAUGAUGUCUGGUGGGUUGGAGAGUGACGAAGAAUCCUCACCUUUCGAAACCUCUGUAAUCAUAAAUAGUGUCCUCAAUGCUCUACUGAUACCAAUAUGCAUCGCCGGCAAUGUUUUGGUACUAGCCGCCGUAUGGAGAAAUCCUUCCCUACACACUCCGUCUACCAUUUUGCUGUGCAGUCUUGCUGUUUCUGAUCUUUUCGUUGGGUUUCUUGCUCUUCCAGUUAACAUUGCCAUCGCCCUUAUACCGCUUUCUCAGAACAGUUCUUAAUCACGUCUGUCACAAGCAAGGAUCUUCCUCAAUAUUCAACUCUGCUGUGUUUCCCUUGAAACAAUGACAGCCAUCAGCGUGGAUCGAUAUUUGGCCCUACGAUAUCACAUGCGAUAUCCGAAUUUGAUGACCUCUAAACGUGCAAUGUACGUAGUAGCAACAUUUUGGUGUAAAAACGUCAUUUUAUCACUGCUUAGCAUUUGGAAGAAAAAUACUAUUCUUGUUGUUGCAGUUGUCUUUGUUGCCUUAUGUCUUUUCAUUUCUUCAAUUACUUACAAUGCAAUUUAUCGAGUCGUUCGACACCAUCAACAUCAGAUUCACGCCCAACAGCAAGCCGUACAAAAUAUGAACGCGGAACAAAAUCUCAAGACACAAGGGAAGAAACGCGCUCUAAACACAUUUAUAUAUUACAUUUGUAUGCUUCUUUGUUAUUUUCCAGCGGCUGUCUCCGCCAUAAUUUGGGUCACUUAUAAAGAACAUUGGAACAUCAGAUGGUAUUUUACCGACACUAUUCUGUUCAUGAACUCCGCUAUAAAUCCAUUCUUGUAUUGUUGGCGUAAUCGGGAAGUCCGGGAAGCAGUUUUGAAGAUAGUACGAAAAAGGUUAUGUAAAACGGAUGAGGAAAACUGACUUAGAUAACGGCGAUCAAUGAAAUUGGUGGUUCAUUUGCGAUUUUAUUUUAAGACCAACGAUUCACUCUGAGACACUCAGGAGCAGAUACUGCCGCUAAAAAUCCGAGAUCGAGGCAGUUGAAGAAACUACGUAACAUGUUAUGUAAAACAGAUGGCGAAAACUUAACUUUCGGUUUGGUUGAUAUAUCGAUUUCCGCGAAGUUUAUUUGCGUUUUUGCCUUCAGGAAAGACCANAUGUACGUAGUAGCAACAUUUUGGUGUAAAAACGUCAUUUUAUCACUGCUUAGCAUUUGGAAGAAAAAUACUAUUCUUGUUGUUGCAGUUGUCUUUGUUGCCUUAUGUCUUUUCAUUUCUUCAAUUACUUACAAUGCAAUUUAUCGAGUCGUUCGACACCAUCAACAUCAGAUUCACGCCCAACAGCAAGCCGUACAAAAUAUGAACGCGGAACAAAAUCUCAAGACACAAGGGAAGAAACGCGCUCUAAACACAUUUAUAUAUUACAUUUGUAUGCUUCUUUGUUAUUUUCCAGCGGCUGUCUCCGCCAUAAUUUGGGUCACUUAUAAAGAACAUUGGAACAUCAGAUGGUAUUUUACCGACACUAUUCUGUUCAUGAACUCCGCUAUAAAUCCAUUCUUGUAUUGUUGGCGUAAUCGGGAAGUCCGGGAAGCAGUU